GAGGCGGGCUGGCGCGCACCUAGGAAACCUCCGGGUGGGCAGCGUGUGAGAGCGGGCGGGCGGGCGGGAGGGAGGGAGCGAGGCAGCGCGCCUGCGACGAGGAGAGGCGUGGAGAGGAAAGGAGAGCCGCGCGCGGAGGACACUCGGGGAGGAGGAGCCGGGCUCUGCUCCGGGAGAGACUUGGGGCCGCCGCGCGGCGCCCGCGCUGCUGACGGACCCCUGGUGCGCGGAGCAUGAGCCGGCGCCCCGCUGGAGCGUGGCCGGGGGAGACGGCCUCGGCGCAGCCCUGAGACCCUGGGCUGGGGCUGGGACCCCGCGCGUCCGGGGCGCAGGGCCCGGCCGGGGGGCGGGGGCUGGCGGCGGCCCCCCGGGCGCAGUACCAUGGGGAGCCCCCGAGCCGCGCUGCUCCUGCUGCUCCUGCGCCCGGUCAAGCUGCUGCGGCGGCGCUUCCGGCUGCUGCUGGCGCUCGCCGUGGUGUCGGUGGGACUCUGGACUCUUUAUCUAGAACUGGUGGCGUCGGCCCAGGUCGGCGGGAACCCCCUGAACCGGAGGUAUGGCAGCUGGAGAGAACUGGCCAAGGCUCUGGCCAGCAGAAACAUUCCAGCUGUGGAUCCAAAUCUCCAGUUCUACCAUCCCCAGAGGCUGGGCCCCCAGGACCAAGACUUUGAGCGAGGUGGGAGCAGUAACAGGAGCUACCUGAAGUGGAAUAAGCCUGUCCCCUGGCUUUCAGAGUUCCGGGGCCGUGCCAACCUACAUGUGUUUGAAGACUGGUGUGGCAGUUCCAUCCAGCAGCUGAGGAGGAACCUCCACUUCCCGCUGUACCCCCAUAUCCGCACAACCCUGAGGAAGCUGGCUGUAUCCCCUAAAUGGACCAACUAUGGCCUCCGCAUCUUUGGCUACCUGCACCCCUUCACCGAUGGGACAAUCCAGUUUGCCAUUGCUGCAGAUGACAACGCGGAAUUCUGGCUGAGCCAUGACGACCAGGUCUCAGGCCUUCAGCUGCUGGCUAGUGUGGGCAAGACUGGAAAAGAGUGGACUGCCCCUGGAGAGUUUGGGAAAUUUCGGAGUCAAAUUUCCAAGCCAGUGAGCCUGUCAGCGUCCCGCAGGUACUACUUUGAGGUGCUGCACAAGCAGAACGACGAGGGCACCGACCAUGUGGAAGUUGUGUGGCGACGGAAUGACCCUGGAGCCAAGUUCACCAUCAUUGACUCCCCUUCUCUGUCCCUCUUCACAAAUGAGACGCUCUUAAGGAUGGAUGAGGUGGGCCACAUCCCACAGACAGCAGCCAGCCAUGCAGGCUCCCCAGACUCUGUUCCCAGAGAUGAGCAGCCCCCUGCCGACAUGCUGCGGCCUGACCCUCGAGACACCCUCUAUCGAGUGCCUCUGAUCCCCAAGUCUCAUCUCCGCCACGUGCUGCCUGACUGUCCCUACAAACCCAGCUAUCUGGUGGAUGGGCUCCCACUGCAGCGCUACCAGGGCCUCCGGUUUGUUCAUCUGUCCUUUGUUUACCCCAAUGACUACACGCGCCUGAGCCACAUGGAAAUCCAUAACAAGUGCUUCUACCAGGAAAACACAUUCUACCAGGACAGGUUCAGCUUUCAGGAUUAUAUCAAGAUAGACCCGCCCGAGAAGCAGGGGCCGGAGCAGCCAGGUUUUGAGGACAGCCUUCUAGAAGAGUCCCAGUAUGGAGAGGCGGCUGAGACCCCGGCCUCCAAUGACCGGAAUGCCAGGACGCCAGAGGGAAAACAAGUGCUUACCUCCACCCCUGGGCAGGAUGUCACCGACUACCGCCUGCGAAGCCUACGCAAACUGCUGGCUCAGCCCCGGGAGGGGCUGCUGGCCCCCUUUUCCAAGCAGAACUCCGCGGCGCCCUUCCCAUUGAGAACCAGCAACGUUCCAGUCCAGCAAUCAGAGAAGAGGGAACGAAAACCCAGCCCUGAGCCCAGCCGAGAUCCACCUCAUGCUGACAAGUGGCCCCCUGGGCACCUGGUGGGGAACCUGCCUCCAGUUCAGAGGCCCAGGCCCACGGGUGACAGUGCCAGGAAGACUGUAGGGCAGUCCCAGUGGCUGAAUCAAGUCGAGUCCUACAUUGCAGAGCAGAGGAGGGUUGACAGGAUGGAGCCCCUGGCCCCAAGGAGGGAGUGGCGUGGGGAGGAGGGGGUGGUGGCAGCUGCAGGCCAGGAGGGACAAUUGGAGGGGGAGGAAGAGGGCGAGGAAGAGGAGGAGGAAGACGAUGUGAGUGAGGUGUUCGAAUACGUGCCCAUGUUUGACCCAGUGGUAAACUGGGACCAGACCUUCAGUGCCCGGAACCUCGACUUCCAAGCCCUGAGGACUGACUGGAUUGAUCUGAACUGUAACACGUCUGGCAACCUGCUGCUUCCAGAGCAGGAGGCUCUCGAGGUCACGCGGGUCUUCUUGAAGAAGCUCAACCAGAGGAGCCGGGGGAAAUACCAGCUACGGCGCAUCGUGAAUGUGGAGAAGCGUCAGGACCAGCUACGUGGGGGUCGCUACCUCCUGGAACUUGAGCUGCUGGAGCAAGGCCAGCAAUUGGUGCGGCUCUCCGAGUAUGUGUCUGCGCGAGGCUGGCAGGGCAUUGAACCGGCUGAUGGGGAAGAGGCCGCGGCCCGGAACCUGCAGGGCCUGGUUUGGAGCCCACACAACCGCCGAAGACGUGUCCUGAACGUCCGGGCCCCAGAGCCCAGGCUGUGCUGGCCCCAGGGCUUCUCCUGGACUCACCGAGCCGUGGUCCACUUCAUCGUGCCUGUGAAGAACCAGGCACGCUGGGUACAGCAGUUCAUCAGAGACAUGGAGACGCUGUUCCAGGUCACCGGCGACCCACACUUCAACAUCAUCAUCACUGACUACAGCAGUGAUGACAUGGACGUCGAGAUGGCCCUGAAAAGGUCCAAGCUGAGGAGCUACCAGUACAUGAAGCUCAGUGGGAACUUUGAGCGCUCAGCUGGACUUCAGGCUGGAAUAGACCUGGUGAAGGACCCACACAGCAUCGUCUUCCUCUGUGACCUCCACAUCCACUUCCCAGCCGGAAUCAUCGAUACCAUCCGGAAGCACUGUGUGGAGGGCAAGAUGGCCUUUGCCCCCAUGGUGAUGAGGCUGCAUUGCGGGGCCACCCCCCAGUGGCCUGAGGGCUACUGGGAGGUGAACGGAUUUGGGCUGCUUGGCAUCUACAAGUCAGACCUGGACAGGAUCGGGGGCAUGAACACCAAGGAGUUCCGAGACCGCUGGGGCGGGGAAGACUGGGAGCUGCUGGACAGGAUCCUCCAAGCAGGCCUGGAAGUGGAACGUCUCUCCCUCAGGAAUUUCUUCCAUCACUUCCAUUCCAAGCGAGGCAUGUGGAACCGCCGCCAGAUGAAGAUGCCGUGAUCCUGAGGGUGGCCCGCUGGACCAACCACUUCCUGCCCCCGACUUGCGGCUGCUCCUCCAGCUCCCUGCUCACUGCUGGGGGAGGUGAGGGGAGGGGAGCAGAAGCCAUGGCCGAGGCCUCAGAGCUAACACCCCCACUGCGCCGGGAGCUGUCCCUUCACAUUGAGACAGCUACCAAGGCCCCUCUCUCCAUCCUCUGGGCCUCCAGAGCGAGGCCUUUGGGAAGGGGGGCCCGGAGCAGCCACUGCUCACAGGUGACUGAGCUAGAACAGCUCCUGGCAAGGGCGGCAUAGUUCGGUCAAGGAGGGGAAGACGUGCUUGAAACGCCAUCUGAUCCAUCCUAAACCGAGAGGGGCAUGCCGGCGCCCACCCAGGGCUCCUUGCAGGAGCAGUGACCAAGAACUGGGAAGUCUUCUAUUGGACAUAUUUUAUUGGGGUUUUUAUUUUUUUUUUCAUCACAAAACCCAAACUGUAACUGUCCAGACCCAGCAUUGACUGUGAGGGGGAUGGAGUCAUGCAUUUAGGAAGUGUCCCCACUUGCGUACCUCAGACCCACUCCUGUGUAGAGGCGUGUCCCUCGGUCCUUGACCCGGCAGCUGAUUUAUAAACAGAGGAGCUGGCCCCAAGUGGAGCAGCUCUCUGCUCUGCCCCAGGCUCAUGCCUUCUAGAGACACAUGCCUCUCCCAGGUAGCCACUGAACAGCUGGCCACCGAUUAGGGCAUUAGCCUCCAGGCGGCGCUAACUUCAGACCCAGCAGAAGCACAGAACUGGCAUCAUCUUCCUGGUGCCACAACAGGCUUGGGAGAUGGGGAAACGGUGGGUGGCAGGCUCGUGCCUCGACUGGUGUUUGGCAUAUGGGCCGUGUGGAACAGUUAAGGUGAAGGAGGGAGGGAAGACAAGUCCUUUCCCUCAGCCCGCCUGUGAGCUCAGGCCUGGCAGAGGAAGACCUUGUGGGUGGAAGUAAUCCAUCGACUUAGACCAGAGGGGUGGGGGUCCAGCAGGAGGGGAUUAAAAGGGAAGUGGAAAGCUUGAGUCCUCGCAGCCCAGCUCCCCUGCACUUGCCCUCCUGCAGGGAGAGCUCCAGACGCAGCCUUGAGUGGAAGAGGAAGGGGUGUGAGUGAAACGGGGACCAGGGAAGGAAGUGGUAGGGGGAUGGGUUUAAGAAGGUAAGGUCAGUGCUCUGAGAUCUCUUCCCCAAGUGAAAGGGAGCAGGGCCCAGGAGGAACCGAAAAGCGAAGUUGGUUCAGGGAAAAUAGCCCUUGGCCUUGGUAGUCUGGCCACCCUUUACAUCACCCGACGAUCGCGCUCUUAAUCUUGCACUAAUAGUCCCAGGUGCCUAGGAGACUGGGGAUUUUUCUGCUGCUGCUGCGGCCUCUGCCGCUGCCGUUGACUUCCCCAACUCACCAAUGGUGCACUGGAUGCUGGGUCCUGAACUCCAGUGUCUGUUUAGGGAGGCAAGCGCAGGGCUUCCUGCUGUGAGGGAGGGUUGUGAGGGGUGCAGCAGGGCCCAGGAGGUCAGCCAGCUGGCCCAAGCUCCCUGGGUGCCAGCCCAAGGCACAGCAGUUGGAGCUGCAGGGCCCUGGUGAGCCCUGCCUUCACAAAGACCAUGAACUUGCUAUAGGGGGAAAGUGGAGCCUGCCGAGCACCCUCGAGUUGGAAGAGGAUCCUCGGCUCCCUCUUAAGAAAUCAGGAAGGACAAAGACUUUCCAAUGAAUAAGUUGUGGCUUAUGGACACCAUACCUGCCCCUGGGCUGUGGCUUUUGAGGGCCCCUGCUCAGGCUUCCCGCCUUUGGGAAAGGACUGUAGGGAGCAGGCAAGAGCUGCAUUUGGCCAGCUUUUCUUGGUGCAAAGUCUCUUUCUGGGGCCACGCUCAUCCUUGGGCAUUCACCACGAGGCUUGAGCCAGCCCAAACAGCCUCCGGCUUCAUUUCUGAUAAAAGAGCCAGCCCAGGCCCACCCUGCCCACCACCCCCUCUGCCCCCGGCCAGUGCCUUGUGGUUGAUGUUUGUUACCUCCACACCAUCUGCCUUAAGAGGGAGGACCUGGCAAGGGUCCCUACUCUGUAGGGAAAUGUCUAGGGUGGGGGGAGGGAGGGAGUGGGAUGGUGGGCGGGAAAGGGUUAAAUACAGCAUCUU